CCAUUUAUAGUUCAAGGAAGGCGUUGGUAAAAAUGGCGGAACCAAGAAGCCCUCUUGGUAUUUACAUGGCACAACAACAGCAGUACAAUGCUGCCACUAAUACCACACUGACACCCCCAAGCUCGGACGUCAAUCAUUCAGAGGGAAGGCCUGUACUUAAAAGGCAGAAAUCUGUGACCUCACCAGCUGUAGCCCCACCAGGCUAUGUUGUGAUCCAGCCUUACGAUGCCACAUACAAGAACUUUCCCUCAAAAAGAAAGGUGACAUCCUAUCACUACAGAGGAAGAACCAUUUCGUCCCCAGAGGGGUCCAUGGAGCUCCUGAGGAAGUGUAUGCAGAAACACAUAAACAACACCCUGGUGGAGGCUAUUAAACCUUACAAAGAGCUCUUUGAAAAAGGAGCCCAGAACUGCAGAGACAACUGUGGAGAGGAGGUGGACCCUGAUCGCUUGGUCCGCACGGCUGUCAGGCACUCAUUCGAACAGUGUGGCAAGGAGAUGUUUGGUCCUCUUGAUGCCUCCCUGGGAAGCAGCAGUGCCAGCAUGUUGAGGAAAGCUAAACGCUCCCUGUCCAGUAGUGAUGGUGGGGCACCGGUGACACAAGUGGUCCGCUUUAAAAGGCGAAAAGGCAGACCUCGAAUCUACAAGCCGGUGUUCAGUGAAAGGUCUUAUGGCUCCAGGUCUGUGAAACAGGAGCCUGUCAGGAAGGAAGGACCAAAGUGGGACCCAGAAAGACUGACAACAGAAACAAAAUUCAUCAUGGGAUCUCGGGCAAACAGGGCCAUGGGUCUAGGUGCCACAAGAGGAAGACUAUACUACAAACACCCAGACUUAUUCAAGUACUCCAGUGACACAGAAGACAAACAGUGGUUAUUUGAACAUCGACACAUGCCUGCAACAGGAGGAAAAGUGGCCUACCUCCUCAUUGUGGAUGAUGUGUUGGAACUGGCAGAGACAGAUGAAUACAGGAACAACGAAGGUCUCCAGUUGGAGCUGUUGGUGGGAUUUCAGGUCCCCCCAUUCAUGCUGGAGAAGAUGAAGGUCUUCAUGAGGAUGUCGCGGACCGACACGUUACGUGAGAGCCCGGCCGCGCUGAAGGAAAAGCCUGACCAAGAGAUAACCACUCAGGAAGCCAACUAGGGCAGUACGAAGUCCAUUCUACGGAUGACAUCCUUAGGAGACA